CUGUGGUUUUCUGCGCUCCUUCUCCUCCUUCCUGCCGCCGGUCUUCUUCGAAAUGGGAAAAGGUACGGGAUCUUUCGGCAAGAGAAGGAACAAGACUCAUACGUUAUGCGUGCGGUGCGGCCGGAGGAGUUUUCACCUUCAAAAGAGCACCUGCUCUUCCUGCGGCUACCCAGCUGCUCGCAUUCGCAAGUGUAAGAACUAAUUUUAGCAUAUGUUGUGC